CGCGCGGCGGGCGCGAUGGCUGCGCGCGGCGGGCUGUUGGUGCUCGGUGCCCGUCGCCGUCCGUGGACCCUGCCUGCGCGCCUGGCUGCGGGGUUCCACGGCUGCUGGCCCCGGAGGGGCUACAUCGUGGGCCGCGCUGAGAGCCCGCCCACCUUUGGCUUCCUAUUUGACAUUGAUGGAGUGCUAAUUCGAGGCCACCGAGUGAUCCCAGCUGCUCUGGAAGCAUUCCGUAAGCUGGUAAACUCCCAGGGCCAGCUUCGGGUACCUGUGGUUUUUGUCACAAAUGCUGGGAACGUCUUACCACAAAGCAAAGCCCAGGAGCUGUCAGCCCAGUUGGGGUGCGAGGUGGAUCCAGACCAAGUCAUUCUCUCUCACGGUCCCAUGAGGUGGUUCUUGCAGUACCACAACAGGCGGAUGCUCGUGUCGGGGCAGGGGCCCCUGAUGGGAAACGCCAGAGCACUAGGCUUCCGGAAUGUGGUGACAGUAGAGGAGCUGCGAAUGGCCUUCCCAGAGCUGGACAUGGUGGACCUCGAGCGGCGGCCGAAGACCACGCCCCGGAGGAGUGACUUCCCUGCCAUUGAAGGGAUUCUCCUUCUUGGGGAGCCAGUCCGCUGGGAGACAAGCCUGCAGCUGAUUAUGGAUGUCCUUCUUAGCAAUGGAAACCCUGAGAAUGGCCUGGCAACAGCUCCUCCAUAUCCUCACCUCCCUGUCCUGGCUAGCAACAUGGAUCUCUUGUGGAUGGCUGAAUCUAAGAUGCCCAGGUUUGGCCAUGGCACCUUUCUGCUAUGCCUGGAAGCCAUCUACCGGAAAGUGACAGGCAAGGAGCUGAAAUACGAGGGCCUGAUGGGCAAACCCAGCAUCCUCACUUACAAGUAUGCAGAGGACAUGAUCAGGCAGCAGGCUGAGAAGCGGGGCUGGGCCGCCCCCAUCAGGAAUCUCUAUGCUAUAGGAGAUAACCCUAUGUCUGAUGUCUACGGUGCUAACCUGUACCACCAGUACCUGCAAAUGGAAAAGCAUGGAGAGGAGGAACAAGGGACUGGUGGACAGCUGAAGCAGCGGCCUUCAGCAGCCCAGAGCUGUGCCUCCAUCCUGGUAUGCACUGGCAUAUACAAUUGUCAGGACCCAGGCUCCCAAGUGCCUAACCCUGGACCGACAGACCUUCCAUUCCAUGGGCACCGUGACUACAGCUUCAGUCCAGAGCUCCUAGAGGCGUCCCACAUCGUCCGUGAUGUGAAUGAAGCUGUGCAGCUGGUGUUCCACAAGGAGGGUUGGGCUUGAGAGGAAGGAGACACGUCAGAGGCUCAGGGAUGUUGGUGCGUGCACCUCAGGGACUCCUGUGUGCCAGGUCACAGGCAUCAAGUCUAGCCUGGGCCCUUGCCACUAUUUCCUGGGAUAAAGACUACAACUUUGGUACUACUAAAUGACCUUUUGGCAGCAUUUCAGGAGGGACAGAUUUCUGGUCCCUUUGUGUGUGUCUCUUACAGUCUAACCUCAUGCCGGUUCUUAACUUUGUGCCUCAGUGUCCUCUCAGUGAGGACUUCCCCCCCCCACCCCCCACCCCCAGACAGGGUCUCACUGUUGUAGCUCUAGCUGUCCUGAAACUCACUAUGUAGACCAGACUGGCCUGAAACUCAGCUCUGCCCACCUCUGCCUCCCAUGUGCUGGGAUCAGAGGUGUGCGCCACCUACCUGCCUCGGUAAGGACUUGAAAAAGCAAGAGCACAGUGUAAAGUUACACGGAAACCUGUGGAGAGUCUGUGCUGCAGGCCACCGCAGUGUUUCUAGCACGCGUGGAAGUUUUUACUGUAUCUUAGCGUGUUUCCCAGAGACUUUGGGGCUUUUUCUUUUUUAAAUUAAAAACUAUCCUAAUAUUUGUUA